UCCUCCGGCCCAAUGAAAACGCUUCCCCAAUUGACGAAGUUCCGGACUUCGAGGGGCUCGAGACGUGGGACAUCAAUUGCCAAUUUGGCAAAUUCGUAUCUUUCCGUUUCGGACUCGCUCGGCCUGAUUGCUAACUCCGUCCUUUCCCGACGGGCCACGUCUUUUCCUCUGUUUGCCGUCCGAUUAGGGACCAUUCGCUUUUGAUAUGGGCCGGAACAGGGGUCCACGCACAAUGCAAAGUCGGCCCAUUAGGCUCAUGGGCAGGCUCAAUCAAUACCCAUUUAGCUCCUGCGUCCUGUCAAUAAUGUAUCAGUACACCUACUUAGUGCAAAAACGCAUCACAAAUCACGAUUAAUCAUCUCAUCUCACAUAAUCGCACACAAGUAACCAUAGAAUGCUGGGUGGUUACCCUAAACUGGAAACAUGUCAAGACCAUGUAUGAUGUAUUAUUAACUAGGGUGGGUGAUUAUAUGCGAUCUACACCGGACAAGAUUGUACAUAAUCGAAUCGGAUUAAAAAUAUUUCAAUUCAGUUUCGAUCCUGCAUAUUGAUGGAAACCUGCUUCGUUAGGGUUUCUAUAUUUAUUAUUAUUAUUAUUAUUACUAAUAGGGUAAUUCUUAUUAUGAUUACUUGGUUAGUAGUAUUUUAGUAGAAUUAGGUUUAUUAUUAGGUUUUCCUAUCUUUCCUAUAAAUAUGUAAUCUGGAUUUCAUUAUCAAUAAAGCAAGAACAAUUAUUCAGAAAGUAUCUCUCACACAAACCCUAAUCCUCCAUCUUCUAAUUUCUCGUUCUCUAGCCCUCUAAGGCUUCGGCCGAUUCUUAUUCUUUUCUUCUUCCCCAAAUUCUCAAUCCUCAAUUCUAUCAUCAAAUAUCUAAAUUCCCAAUCAACCAACACUAUCGAUAGAACCCUAGAAAUAGGUUUCUAUCACAUAUCAUAAAAAUAAAGUAAACAAAAAUUGAAUUUUGAUCAUACCGAGAUGAACCCAAAUAAACUAAACAUGCUUUUUGUUCCGAUUCUGAUCAUCAAUUUUCCUUUGAUUUAGAUACGAUUUUAUCUUGAUUCGAUCCUGUUCUAUACCGAAUCGGUCUAAUGCCCACCCCUACUAUUAACCUUGUGGAGAGAUCCCAAAUCAUAUAACCAAGAGGAGAGCCAUAUACCAUAGAUUCACACACCCCAAAAGAUAACGAGUCCUAAGCUGGCAAGCAAGUAUUGCUUAACAACGAUUCCCACGUAUUUAAGACCAAACCAAGGACUCCAGAACAACAAACAUGGUUCCAAGCGUCAACUUCGCCGAGAAAAAUUUCCCGACAGAAAAGAACAAAAGUCGUCGGAACCAAGUGGACCGCCGGCUAUAAUAAUGGACUGAAGCGAUCGGAGUUAAGGACACUUACCAGGCAGGCCUUCUGCUCUUCAGAGAAAUGAUAAUACACAAACAAAUUUCAGCUUGAAUCUUCUCACUGGUCUCUAGCCUGAGAAGAAUGAGAAAGGUAACGUACAUAUGCAAGCGAAUAUCCGCCUUCGUUUUCAACCUUGGUUGAGAAUCCCACAAACUUUCAACAGAACAUGCUCUGGGAAUAUGCUCGAGCUCCAGACUGGGCCCUAUGUGUCGCUUGGCCCAAACCCACUAGUAAAUAUUAGAAUGAUGGGCUGUGUUUGCGUUGAUAAAGUCCAAUGACAAUUAGUAUGAAGCAAGCCCAGUAUACUUUAUGUACCCAAAAAAAAAAAAGUCCAGUACACUUUGCCAGGCCACAUUGAUGGGCCGCCCUUUCAUCUGAACUUGGCCUUCUGAAAUUGGAUCCUAGCCCUGCGGGAUGCAUCUCCUUUUAAUAGGGGCUCGGUAGACGCGGCAUAUUUUUUUCAUCUCGAUUUGUUUAGAAGUUCGGGUUUGUUUCUUCUGUAACUCGAAUCUUUCCUCUAUUUGGAGUGAUCUAGUGACAUCAACAACAAAAAAUUGUUGUAUCAAAUCUCGUUAAUGGACCCAACAACGUUCAAAUCAAGUGUUCUUACCGAUUUUGAAGAAAAAGUCACCACGAUUCUCAUAUUUUCUACUUCAUAACAGAUGCAAGAAAACAUAAUUCAUAUGACUCGAACACAUAACGGUUUAAACAUGUAGACCUUAAAUGCUAUUGAAUGGACCUAUUUGUUUUUUUUUUUUUAAAGCUACCCUAAAAUAACAAGUAUCAUUAGAGAUUCUCUCGAGCAAUAAUAUUAGCUUCCUUUACUUCACAACGAAGACGAUAAGCCACCUCAACAAUCCUCCAAGACAAAGAAAUAUUCAAAGCAAUAGUCUCAAUACAAGAAAAUGUCAAACCAUAAAUCACAAUUUCAAGCAGCGAGUUCGGCAAGGAAAGGCAGCUGAGGUUUCAACGAAAAAAACUCCCCAUGGAUAUGCUUCGUUGCUUACUCCAUUGGAUCGCUCAAACGUGCCUGCCACAAUGAAGCGAAAAGUUCAACGGCUAAUAGAAAAAACAAUUACUUAGGCAGUUGUGAUUGGUACGAAGUCGCAUUGGAGCAAUCUCUAUUAUUGGUUUAGAGCCGGCCAUUGUUGCUCGAGGGAAUUUCAAGAAGAAUCAUGGAAUGAUUGAAAGAAAUAGUAUACCAAUAAUGGGAAAAUUUCGAUUUAUAUUUGAGACAUUAAAAACUGCCCAUAAUAUUUUAUUUUGUUAGGAAUGACAUGGCAGAUCAUUUGUAACUUUGACAAAAUGUUUCAAGAUGUGACUCUAAACUCUUAUUAGAAGUAGAACUGCGAUAAAUCAAUUCAAGAGUUAGACGAAUUUCUUGAGAUACUCGGAUCGAAUCGAAUUGGACAUAGUAUAAUUUGAUUCGGUUUUUUAUUCUACGAACUAUCUAAAAUAUAAAAUGAAAAAGUGGCCCAAAAUUGCAACUGGAUAUGAAUCGAAUCAGACCAAACAUGAUUUGCAUCUAGUUCUUGUAUUCGUCUUCCCUCCAAUUUUUCGUUUGGUCCUAUUCGAAUUUGGUCUGGUUCUUGACCGAAUCAACCAAUGUUCACGCCCUACACAAAAGGAGGCCCAAAAAUUGAUUGUUCACAACUAUAGUGGUUCAUAGCCCCUUAGCCCUUAGGGUAUAUGCAAAUACAAGAAAAGAGUCCACAAAAAUAAUUCAGCAAAAGUUUGAAACUAAGGGCAGAGCAGCCUUUGCCUAGGGCCACAAAACCGAUAACUAUAUUAAUUUCCAUAGUCCCAUUAAUGCCUCGAAACACCUGCUAUUUUUACUGUCUUUAAUGCAUGGCAUUCAGAUAAGGAUUAAGGAUGGCCCCAUAACAAUUAACCUCAAAAUUAGGCAAAAGCGCAUUCAUAGGAAUAAAAAAAAAACAGGGAUAAUCAUUUGGGUACGAGAUAAAGUGAGAGUGAAAAUCAGUUUUGGGCAAUGAUACCUGAGUUUUUAUGAAAGAGCGGUUGAAUUUUAUAAUUUCAGUAUUAGUUAUUUGUUUUAAAAUACGUGAUAUAAUAAUUUUGUACAAAAUGUCAAAACAGUGAGUUGAUCUUUACUCGAGAGAGUGAGUGUGUAAGACAACGAUAUAAGUUUUCAGUUUUGUUUUUGAACCUCUUUCAACAAGUUGGAUCACUCGUACCCAAUAUAAUGGAUAACAAUCAUUCGAUAAAGUAGUUGUACUCUCUGCAGUUUAAUAAGGGUUUCAACUGUGGUGGCGAAGCCACUAGGAGGGUGUAACCCUUCUCAACUCUCACAAUCAUGUAAAAUUCGUAAUAAACUUGAGAAAUAUAAUUGUUGGUAAGCCUUUAGCCCCUCUUGCCGUUUCAAAUUCUCUGAGUAUAGAUUCUUAGCUCCCGUUGUUUAUAUUUAUUUCUUCGUCACUAUCAAUUGCCCUUAAUAUUUAGUUUUAGGUUAUAAUAUCAUUAUACAUAUAUUAAGAUAAUAUUAAAAAGUGCUACAAACAUUCUCCUAAACCUAGAUUCAACGACAAGCUAGAAAUCACUACAAUUUAUCAUAUUUUAGCAUCUCCUCAUUCUCUAUACACAACUUUACCUCAAUCCCACACUGAAACAAACCCUAAUUAGUCAAAGUUAAAAGGACAUAAUGCUGCCUCUAAAUGCGCCCUCUCCCUUUAAUGCCUUUCAACCAUGGUCCAUGAAACCGUACCGAAGACCACAUUGGAAACGUCAAUGGUAGGGUAUUUUAUAGUAAAACUGUGGUUUAAUCGUAGUUCAACCGUUAGUACCGUUAAAUACUGUCUACCGGUUUAGCCUUCAAUACUGGUAUUUCGUGAUUAAACCGCCGAUACGUUACGAUUUCAUGGACCAUGCUACCGUCUAGAUGACAAUUCUUUUGUCAGCCAAGGGAGAGAAAGACAAAAAGGAGUAGGAGAUUGGCCCCAUUUGCACUAUACAAGUCAAACCUAUAUCCCCAAGCACAAAAGUUUUGUCAUCUACUAAAGGAAGUUUGGACCCUGAUAAAGCCAAAGCAAAGCUAAGCUAAUUGAGCCAAAGGGUGGCAAAACAAUGGACAUGCGUGCCCCAGGCCAGCUGAAGAACCAAUGCCUUUGCUCCUUUGCGAAAAAAGAAGCCCUUAAACUUCUGACUUUUGCCUGUCUUUCGAGAGAGGGAGCCAAUUUAAAGUACUUCCUUUCUUUCUUACUUCCAAAAACUCCAUAGAGAUUCCAAUAGCCUUUUGCUUGGAAGUGUAACAUGACCUUAUACGUUUCCUUUGUUCUUUUUUGGUUGCCUUUGCCUUUUGUUCUAUCGUUUGUGUUUCUCUUUUCUUCCCUCUUUUUUGGAACCUUGCUGUCACACCCAAAUACCUGAUAUAAACGCGCUGCUACGGAUCGGGAAAUAGCCGGAAUCGACAAAGCAAGAAUACGAAAGCGAGAAUCGAAAACACGACACACGAUUUACGUGGUUCACUAACACGAUGUGUGUUAGCUACGUCCACGGGCGAGAGAGAGCCAAUUUCACUAUAUCGAGGAGAUUACAGAUUACAGAAGAGUAUGAGAAGUAUUUAUAGUACUUCUCCAUAUGGGUCUAAACCUAAUCCAAUCUGGCAAAGGAAACGGUUACAGACCAGGCCCAGAACCCGAACCCAAAUAACAUUGAGACCCCCGAUUACCAGUCGUAGCGGCUGAUAGUCCGAUUCAAGUCAUAUCAACAAUACCCUUUUCCCCUCGUCCAAUCUCACACCCCACCAUUACAAGAUUGAGGUAGAUUGAUUUUGCUUUGAGAUAUUACGAUCAUGUGAUACAACACGCAUUCGAGACGGUUAAUGAUUUUUUCGUACGAUCUUUGUUAUUAUGUAUUUGCCUAACGCACUCCUGAGAGAAAAUGAACUAUUCAAGUAUACGGUUCGUUAUUAGUGAUCACAAAUAAUGAUUAUUUUUCUUUCGGAAUUGUGAAUUGGAAUAAUAAAACACAAGAACGCGCAUCGUGUCGGCACCACGCCUUACCACCUGUCCUGAAGUCGUCAAUAUAAAUGGUUUGAUGGAUUAUCAUUGUUCUUCCGUAAUCUACAUAACAAACCCAAGAGGGAAAAAACGAAACUAUCAACGAUCAUUAAAAUCUUGCUAGUGACCAGUGACACGGAUUUGACAUAAUUGUAAUGUUGAUAAUAGAACACUACAUUACACAUUGUCAGUUUGUCACCACAACUCCUCAACACCUGAGCCAUCCCCUUGAUGUUGUGUUGGAUCAACAUUUUUCUUGGGGGGGCCUCUUGUAAACUUGAUUGUUAGAUAAACAUGGGAUGCUGAAUAUAAUUAUUAAGUGGGAAAUAAUUGUUUUGACCAAAGGAAAUAAAUAACUAUAUGUUUCUCAUCAGAACUAAGGAACAAAUAGCUUGUCAACUGUUAUAGCAUCUAAAACAUGGGAUGUUGUGUGCAAGCAAACAGCAGAUAAUGUGACGACCUUUUGGACUUUGGUGUGACCUUUGGGAUUGUGACCAGAAUGUAAAAUUUUAACUGAACCAAGGACCCAAUUGGAAUUAACCCAAACGACCAGGGCAAUUGGUGAUAUUGGCCAAUAUAUGGCUUAGCAGCUCGCUGGCGUAGGGAUGACAACGGAGUGGAUUGGGGGCGAGUACAAGCUUUCCGGUCCCCGCCUACCAAUCUCGGCGUUUUUCCCAUCCCCGUCCCCUGCGACUAAACGGGGAUAGACUGAUUACCGUCAUUGUUCGUCGACAGGUCCGGGGCACCCACUAUUGAGAGAAAGUUGGGGAGGGCCUUACGGAAAACUGUUGCCGACGACGUACAGAGAACUUAGCUCCUCAGUUGCCCUCGAAUACACAGGUCCUCUUGCCGUCCUCGUGCCGCUGAGUUUGGUGAAGAGCAGGGUUGGUGGUGUAGCAACUUUCAGAGCAAAGUCGACGGCCGACGAUCGCUAUAUUAGGGAGAAGGAGGGGAUUUUUCGUUUACGGUGGAAUUGGUCGAUGGGUGAUUAGGGAUUGCGGCGGAACAGGGAUCCAUGGUGCUUUCUUCUGCGCGUGUGAAGGGAAGUUUGGCUGGGAGGGUUUUUAGAUGGGAUAAGUUGCUUGAAUGAAAACGACGUCGUAUUGGGGACGGGGCAGAUACUACGAGAUCCAUCCCCACCCAUUGCCCGCUACUAUCGAAUUUUGGGCAUUACCCGAAUCCACCCAUUACCCACGACGGACGGUUUUUUUUUACUCUGUCUGGGCGGGCUUCCGAUGGGUACCCGGCCGGUCGGGCAGGGUUGCUAUCCCUAAGUUGGUGACGUGCGUUUAGGACUAAAAAGAUUGAACCACCGUAGUCAUUCAAAAACCCUAAACUGUCUAGAUCUGUAGCAGAGUAGCAGGCAGACUAGGAAACUUCUUUCAUUAUGGUCCAACCCAACGACUGGAAAUUGGGAAAAAUCCAAAUGUGAAAAUGAAGUGUGAGACUGCCCUCUGCCGUGCUCUGUACUUUCUCUGCAGUACACGGACCAGACCUGAGAAAUUUAUAUUUUUUUUUGUUUCAUUUUCGCUACAAGAACAGCAACCUGUCUCUCUGCAAGGAAUCAACAAAUGAUAGACAAGAUAUAUAUGACGCCAGAAAUUUUGAAUCUUUGGUAUUCUUGUGCUAAUAGCUUAGGCAGAGCCAAGGAUUAAGGGUGGCAAAUGGUUCAAUACGAUUACUCUAGAACAUACUAAUUAUGUUUUUUGGUUCGAUUUUCGCGAGUAUAUAAACCGAAAAGUGGCUCGUUUCGUAUGUAGUCUUAACCAAAACCUGACUAAUUGUUACUGGUUUGACUAAGUUUGAAUCCAAAAUCGAACCGACUUUAGCAAAAGACACUUAAGUUUAACACCCAUUAAACCACGGUUCUCUCGAUUCUUCAUCUCUUUCUCUCAACCGGUCAAAUUAAAAUUGGCGACUGCACUAACAAGCAUUUAGUGAUCGAAGAAUCGUAUCUCACAUUCAAUGGGUGCGUUGUUUUACGCUUCGAUCAAUGAAGGAAUAGAGUAUCGAGUCAAUAGCCUUUGGAGAAUCCAUCCAUGGAUAUUCAACGAGUCAAUAUCAUAAACGGACUCCUCUUGAUGAUAUUUUUACAAAUAACGUGUCUUUUUGAUUCGAUAAUCAAGAGUAAACACGUGGACAAUAUAGUGGACGUGAACGAUCAACAACAUCGAUAUGGACUGAUGAACAAUGAUUGAGAGUGAAAAGUAUAUUGUUCGAUCAAGUUUAAUGGAAAAAUUUGGUGCCAACUUGUCUGAUUAACCAAGUACAAAAAUAAGCCAAAGUACAAUUCAUAAGCAUACAAAAAGCUCCAAAACUCCAAACUUAAAUCCACCGUUCUCCCUCCCGUUUGAUGAUCAUUCACCCCAUCUUUCACUCUCUCUGAUACAUACAGUCUAGCUUUGCAGAAAAAGCAGAGUGAAAAAGCUUUAAAUCGCUAGUCCUCCUCUGGCUUUUCCCCUCCUCUCUUUCUUUCUCUGCCAUUGAAUCACCAUUUUCAAUACACAGUUCCAGCAAGGAAGACCCUCAAACGAAGUGCAAAAGCUCUCUUUCUCUUCUUUCCCUCUCCACGUUAGUUCCCUUUCUUCCUUCUUCCCUUCUGGCCUUCCUUCUCCAUUUCACAUUUUCACUCCACUAUAUAAGAACCCCUUUCCCCCCUGAAAAAACCCUACAACCAGAAACCAAACCCAACCUCCAUUUCCAUUCCUCUCUCUCUCUCUCUCUCUCUCUCUCUCUCUCUUGCUCUGUUCCCUUUUCCCGUUCGUUGAAAAUGGACGUCCUCCACUUUCUCAGGCUACUGAGACCCACCACCACCCACCUGAAAUCGCAAACCCAAGUUGAUUGUGUGAAUGCGAGGUCGGAUAAUGGCGAAGCUUAUGAUGAUUCCGACGAAGAAGAAGAGGAAGAAGACUCUUUCUUUGAAUUGGAGCUCACUGUUCCUCCUGAUUUUGACUACCCAAGGAGCAUUAAUGGCGACAGAUGUAAAAGCCCCAUUAAAUUGGCCGACAAAGCCGAGCCCAAGUCUCACCAUCAGUCCCCUCCUCCUGCUGCCGAGCCUCUGUUUUCAAAGCGGAAGAUACUCCCAAUCGAACCCGUCUCCUCUCCCAGGCCUCACCAGUCUCCAAUUUCUAUCCUGAAAUCGGGUCCCAAAUUUCGGGUCCUCAUGUUCAAAAAGUCCAAUUCGAUGCCUGUUCAGAAAACAGGGGAGAAACAGGGUAAGGGGUUGAAUCAGGAGGAGAAGCCCGAAAAAAAGCGGUUUGUCACUGUGAAAGUGAAGCUCGACGAGAUGGGUAACAAUGGCGGCUCGAAAUUGGGGAGGAACAACAGCUUGCGGAAGCAGAUCUUGGACGAAGCGUCGUCCGAAGAUUCCUCGAGGCGGUUCCCUAAGGAAACCAUGCAGAAGUACUUGAAGCUCAUCAAUCCGCUCUACAUCAAGGUCGCUAAGAAGGAAGGCGACAAGAUGAAGUUUCCAGGAGAGCUCUCGUCACCGUCGGCGUCGCCGGCUGCGACGGCGCCUGCCAGCUCCCCAAAGAAGGAGAAACAGGGGAGUUUCCCGUCAGGGAUCCGAGAGGUCUGCAAGCAUCUUAGGAAGAGCAAAUCAGCCUCUUCAGGCACCGGGGUUUCACCUCCGGCCACCGUGCAGCGGAGGGAUGACUCCCUUCUACUGCAAAAUGACGGGAUCCAGAGCGCCAUUCUUCACUGCAAGAGAUCUUUCAACUCUUCUAGAGAUUCGUCUCUGUUAUCACGAUUCGCAAGCGACCGCUUGAUAGACUCGCCCAGAGUUUCCAGCGACGAGUUCUGAUCGGGAAAUUAGUGAAGACUGUAGGAGGAAAGCGGGAGACUUUGAACUUCCCCUGAAAUUGAAAAUUUGAAAAAAGACCAUACAAAACAGGACAAGAGAAAAACAGGGGACUCUGUUUUUUCCUUGUUUGUUUUCUUUUUUUGGGUUCUUGUUGUAAAGCUAAGCAAAGGAGAGAUAGGGAGAUGAAACAGGUAGAUUAGUUUCGUGGUUUCUAGGGUUGGUUUCUUUUUGGAUGCAUUGUUGUAGGAUGAAUCCAUCGUCCAUCCAUGGAAGGAAGGGAUGAUGAUGAUGAUUGCAGACUGUAGGUGAAAUGUAAUCAAAAUCCAAAACCAAAAGCAGUAGCAGCAGUUGUUUGUCUGUCUAUAAAGUAAAAAAAAAUGUUGAUUGCUAAUGUGGGGUAAAUUAUUAUUUACCAAUGGCCGUAGAACAGAGCUCGAGUUCGGUCAAGGAGAUGAAUGAGGUGUUGUUACUGUUGUAUCCCCGAUAAUGACAUCAUGAGAUUAUGUGAGUUUUUGAAUUUUACCUCGACGCAAUCCAACGUUGUUAGCAUGUGUUUAACGAUGAUAACACGGUUUAGGAAAAUACUCUAGGAGGAGCAGGGGAGCUACAGGGCAGAGCCUGGUGGGUUCUUUCUUUUUUGUUUCGUCAAAGCUUGGGAUGAAUGGUGAUGAAGAAAUUUCUUGCUGGAUUGGGCGGGCAAGUCUGUGUUCUGUGUAAUUCCUUUGUUCAAAUGAUAUGACUCCAACUCCACCAAUGGCUUUUGCUAACGUAAUUCAGAAUUCAAAGUUUCUGGUGUACUUUUUGUUCUUUUCUUCCACGGCCUAAUGGAGUAGCAUACCAGUCCACCAUUUUGUCUCAAAAUAGAAAAUAGUGGUAUUUUGCUUGUGUCACUCUAACGACUGGUGGUUGGGUAAAAAAGUUUUUUUUUGUUUGGUAAAACACCGAGUGUUCAUAAUUUCGUACGAUGUCUAAUAUAAAAAACAUGGGUAGCUCACAUCGAAUAGAUGUAUAUCAAAAGAGAUUUCAUGGUCCUUCUCAGCAAGAUGAAAAAGUUUUACCUAUCGGCCCUAAGAACUUUUUGCUUACAUGGUGAUUUUCUUUUUCUAGUAGACUCUGUGGAUUCACAUUAGCCUUCUUACAUAGAUCAAGCAAACUUUGCUGAGAUCAAAAUUGUUGGGUGAUGAUGAAGUUUAUCAAACUAGACUUCAUUCAAGUGGAAUUCGUGAGAUCCAAACAUAAAUCAUUCUUUGUUUAGUAUCGUAACAUGCAGAAACCAAAAUUCUGAUAACCACAAAAGGAGUUUCACUUCGUCCAAACAAACCAUAUCACAAUGUGUGAUAACAUAUUUCAAAUCGUCAUCGUUAGACAUAUUCCAAAUCCGAAGAGAAUAUAACCAUCGUUAUAUAAUCAUCGCCUCUCGUGAACAAGAAUGACAAACCGCACUAUUCAAGACUAACAAACUUCAAAGACAACGAAGUCAACCAUCGACGUGGCUUCCACAACCAAUGUAAAAAAUUACUCCACACCAUCCAUUGUCACGUUUGCCACACAGCUGACCUUAAACAAAAAUGGCUCCUCUUCUUUUUUUUUUUCUUGUGGGAACUCAGAGCCAGCCAUAGCCAGCCACCUCCAAUUCCACUUCAGUUAGGUAGCCUAACAGUAUACUCGAGUUGAUUCAAGAGGAAGCCUCGUUCCCUCCUUUCUUCCUCCAUCCAAAGAGCCUUUCCCAAAAGCAUAUCUCUCAUAUUAACCAUGGUGCUACCCAUGGGAGCUAACUUUGUCUUCUUUCCCUUUUUUUCUUUCCAAAAGACAAAAAAACAAAAGCAGUAUGAAAGUAAGUAAAGCUACCAUUUUUCGUCUGCACCAUUGAUGAUGGAAGGCAGACUGGAAAAAACCCAUCAAGUCGGUGAAGUAAAGAUAUCAAUACCCA